CAACGCAUCACCUUCCGUUUUGGAGAGAGACGACAGCUAAGGAAACAGUGCAAAAUAUUUCUCGGGGAUCAGGCGUUGCGUUUAUUUGGGGGGGAGGGGAGACAUCACCAUCAUGUUCCGACCGCCUGCGUUGCGCCGAUUCGCCGGCACUCCCGCGCCCAUCAGGCCAUUGCAAGUUGUGGUUCCCCGCCGGAGUAUCUUCUCCCGCAGAAACGACAGGAGGCGGUCGAGCCGGGCCGUCGAAAACCUCGACAUCCAGCGGCUGGCGAAAGAAGCGGAGGAAUGGCACCGUCAGCGGCGCAUCUUCCUCUGGUCGGGAGCCAUCGCCGGCGUCCUCUCCACCAUCUACACGGCCUACAAGCUCAAGCUCGCGAUCGAGCGGGAACAUAAGCUUGAUGCCGACCUCCCCUCGACGGACCCUCUCGCCGGUGCCAACGCGGCAGACCGCAAAAUAGUGAUUCACGACGAGGAGGGCCGUGAGAUGGUCCCAACUGGCAACAGCACGGUCCCGAUGUUCCCGCGCACGCUCGACCUCCCAGCCUUCACGACCCCAAUAACCUCACCCUCGCCAGACGCUACCGCCACGCCAACCAUCACUACCCCUUCCGGCACGACCGAAUACACCCUCGUCGGCCUCGGCCUGCGGACGGUAACCUUCGUCGGCCUGCAAGUCUACGUCGUCGGCUACUACGUCGCGACGGCCGACAUCGCGGCCCUUCAGAACGCCCUCACCAAGCGGAUCAACCCGAUCGCCACCACGCUCGUGCCGGGCGAGCGCGAGCAGCUCCGUGCCGCGCUGCUGGACCCGGCCGAGGGCGAGCGGACCUGGGACGAGCUGUUGGCCGCGGGCGUGCCGGCGCGGUCGGCCUUCCGCAUCGUGCCCGUGCGCGACACCGACUUCCACCACCUGCGCGACGGGUUCGUGCGCGCCGUCCAGGCGCGGGCCGGGCCCCAGACCAUGGCCGACGAGUCGUUUGGCGAGGCGAUGCGCCAGUUCCGCGCCGUCUUCAACCGCGGCAGCGCCCCCAAGCGAAAGGAGCUCCUCCUCGUCCGCGACGAGACGGGGAGGCUGAGCAUCGCCUACGACGGCGGCGCGAACAAGAAGGAAGGCCGGCCGGCCGGGCGGCAGCUGAUUGGGGUCGUCGAGGAUGAGCGGCUGUCGAGGGCGCUGUGGCUGAACUACCUGGCGGGCAAGAAGGUUGCCAGCGAGCCGGCCAGGCAAAACAUCGUGGAAGGGAUCAUGGGGUUCGUCGAGCGGCCAGUCGGCACUGUCGCGUCGCAGGUUGUGCCUGUCUUGAACCCGAAAGUAUAACUUUGUCCUCCGGUAUACGAUUACGAUACCUCUUUGCAGAAGAGCGGGCAACACGCGCACUCUCUAUUCAUUCCAUGUUCGAUGUAUGUAUCAUAGGGCAGGCUAUAUCCAGGCGUAUUCUACAGGUACGAACAAACGGAGCGCAACGCUAGAUGCGCCUAUCCGUCUAUUGCGUGCAUGAAGAUUGGGUAUCCUUUGUCUCGUCCCCUCUCUUGGCGUAAGUUCCCGCGCUUAGAGCGCACCGGCGUCUUCCAGCAGCUCCUCGAGCGAUUUGCCGUCCUUGCCGUUCCUAGAGACCUCCUCGAGAUCCGAGUUGCCGCCGAUGUGGUUGCGGCCGAUGAAGAUGUUGGGAACGGUCCGCUGGCCCGUCAACUUGAACAGCGCGUUCUGGAUGUCGGCACCGUCGUCCAACAAAUUGAGCUCGAUCGCUUUGUACUUGGCGUUCAAACCAUCGAGGAUCUGCUUCGUCCUGGUGCAGUACGGGCAGUACGACUUGCUAAAGACCAUGACGGCAUUCUCGUCAAUCAGCUGCUGGGCUUUCUUCUGAGCGGCCUCCAUGGUGCCUGACGGGCUUGUACCGAAUAGUCUGCGGAAAAUGAAGGACAUGGAACUUGUUGCGGGGUGACGUUUGAAAAUGACCAGCGUGAGGGGCAAGGGCGCCGCUAUUUAAUCGUAGACCCCGUUGCGGUUUCAGCGGGAAUGCACGGCAGGAAGGAUAACGUCAGUAGGAUUUGUCAGCCGGCACUUUGAGUGACACCGUCUACUUAAUGGUGACUAAUGAACGGGGCCAAAAAAAAAAGGUGUGAUUCU